CGUGCUGCUAGGCUUGUAGCUGUGUGAGACCGGAAGUCCCUGGAAAUAAGUUACAUCCCGAAAGUUUCCCUCCUUCUGGUCGCUCGGACGUCUCUGUUGAUGAGAAUAGACUUGAGAUUGUCUGAGAUUUUAUUUACAAUAUGAUGAUAGUUAACAGUCAUGGUGGAGUGAGGGAGUCCGUCUCAUCACCCCGAUGUUAGUCCUCCUCUCUACAGAGACAGAGACAUGGCUUCUGCAUCUCUCCUUUUCUUUGUGCUGAUGAUGUCGUCACUUCGUGUUGGAAAGUCAGUCGACAGUCUGUUCACACUGAAAUGUCAGCCAGCAGUUGGAGUCAUUGGUCAGACCACCAUCAUCUCCUGCAGUUUAGAGGCCCGUACAGAAAACAAGCCUAGUAUUAACACUGUGGUUAUAACCAAGUUUGGACAGAAAAAUCCCUCUUUCACAUUUAACAAAUUUGAUAACAUUGUGACUGGAGACACUCGAUUUAGUUUUAACAAUGCUCCAUCAUUAGAGCUUCAUAACACCAUGAUCUCAGAUGAAGGUGAAUACAGUUAUUUCAUCAGAACCAGUCAGGGGCCUGCGUCCAUCAGGUUCACACUCAAUGUCACAGCCAAGUACUUCCCCCCGGUUAUAACCACCGGGCAGAAGGAGAUAAUAGACAAUGGACCUGCUGAUCUGUACUGUACAGCUAACGGUGGUUACCCAGCAGGAACCAUCCACUGGUUUGAUCUCAGGAACACAAACUGGACAAAAAACACAAACCUGAGUAUAACACAGGGAGACGACGGUCUGUUCACUCUGACCAGCAAACUGACCUUCAGUAAGAUCGACUCUCUCUGGGGACAAUACAGGUGUGUCGUCCUCAACAGCAGGUAUCAAGAAGAAGGGACGAGCACUUCAGACCUGAAGAUAAAGGAUGCCCCAGUGAACCCCCCCCAAGCACCUGACAGCUUGGUGAAGAACAUCGUUGCUGCUGCAGUAGUGAUCGGGUCUCUCAUCGUCGGCCUCCUGAUCGUUCUCUUAUUAAAGCGAAGACGUUUUCAGCAGCUAAGAAGAGCAUCAGCGGUCCCCAUUCUGAAUGACCAUCAGACAGAAGAUGAUGACUAUGAAGAGAAAGAUGCUCUGAACGAUUCAGCUUCAGUUUAUACAAAAGCAGCUGACGCUGACCUGAGCUGUCCUCAGUCAUUUCCACACUGAACUUUCUGCACACAAUGGAUUCCUUCUCCAUUAUUAACUCCACAAAUGUGUUUGCAGCAGAGAAAGUGUACUGAGGAGCUCAGUGUACUUCUCAUGUGUGUCCAGGUUCUACAGACCCAGACAUAGAGAUCCCACAGAACCCAAAGGAACCGUAAAUCAGAAAACUACAAAUUAAUGAGAGCUGUAACGUGAAUAAAGCGCUUCAGGUAUGGACAGGACGGGUGCUACAGUGAGCUGCUGGAACGUUCAGACAUGAUGAAGCCUUCACAAGCCGCUUCAUACAGCAGCUACGUGCAGUCUCUCUGACUGAAACCCAUUCUGUGAAUGAAAAGUCUUUCACUUCGAGGCCUACACAGGAACCUUCACUAUAAAAUAUAUCACUUUAUUUAGGAGGUAGUAUGAGAUGUCAUGGUCAGUUCAAUCUCAGUAGCUUCUCUAGUGGAUCUUAGGAGCUUCUCUUGUGGAUCUCAGGAGCUUCUCUAGACUCAGCUUCAACUAAACCUCUUUAACUGCAUGUGCAAAUCAUUAACACUUCAGUAAGACAGUGCGGUCUGUGCUGAAACAGGAACUUUAGGAAUAUUAAAGCGAAAUGUCUUUAGCACUAAAAUAAUCUGUUAUUAUCCUGUAAUUUCUGGUGAAAUUCCUUUUCAGUAAUCACUGUUUAUUAGUCAAGAGUCAAGAAGCUUUUAUUGCCAUUACACCAUAUAUAGCUGUUACAGUACACAAUGACAUGAGACAACAUUCCUCCAGGAUCAGUGUGUUACAUAACACACACACAGAGCUAUAAGGACUUAGUAAGUUAGUCCUAGAUACAUAAAGUGUAUCUGUGUAACCUGGUGUACACAGUGCAGGACAGGACAGGCAGGACAGACGAGACAGUGCAGGACAAAAAAUUACUAGACAAUACAAAAGCUACAAAAAGACACUGCACAAAAGAAAAUAAACAGUAACAGCGGUGACCAGUGUAAAUACUGUAUGUUCAACAGUAUCACGUGCAGUAAAACUAUAAUGAACACAGUUUCAUAGCAGCAGGUCCCUGAGAUGGUGUAAAGAAUUGUGCAAAACAGCAAACGAUGAAAUGAUAUAUAGUAUGUGCAAAGAUGUGUGUGUAUGGUGUGUAUGUUGUGUGGUGUGUAUGUUGUGUUACUGUGGCCUUGAGACAGAAAAUCAUCUUUGUAGAUAAAUACAUAGGACUGUUCAUAUCCACUAUGUCCUUACGCAUGUGUGACUUUAUACUUUACUCUUAAGUGAGUUUGCACUUUUUAUUACUGAGUCCCGUCUGUAGCAGAAGAUUAAACCUCUUUAACCACAUUCACCCUCCAUCUGAUCAGGGGCUUGGUUUGUGUUCAUCAACUCUGUUAUUUACAGGUUUCUCUUUUGUACUUAUUGUGUUUAAUGGAUGUUGGUUUUGUAUGGUUUGUUGUUUGAGAAUGAAAAAUAAAAUGUUCCGAAUUGAGAUGAAGUGUGUAAUAUAGUGUCACAUGACACGUGUGUGUACUUAAACAAGACAAAAAACAAUAUUAAAUACACAUGAAUCAGA